UACAUCCCCUCCAACUAGCUGGUCUUCAACUCUCCCGUUAUGGCUCAUGACUUCACUCUCCUCUUGUGAGCAAUAGAACGUAAACAUAGAACGCGCCAACAACUUACUCCUCUCGCUUGCUGGAUGUAGGAUUCUGCAGCAGUCUACGAGUGUGGUGAGAUAUGGAAGCCCGGGCAUCGGCGUCGAAGACUUGGGCGCAGGAGUCGUCGGCAGCCUACUUGGUGUGGGAGGACCUCACGGCGGCGCUACCAAGUCAUGGCGGCAGACGGCCGGUCAAGAAGCUUCUCCAGGGGCUGAGCGGUUACGCGGUGCCCGGCCGGAUCAUGGCGAUCAUGGGGCCGUCGGGUUCCGGCAAAUCGACACUCCUCGACUCCUUGGCAGGGAGGCUUGGAAGUAAUGUUGUUUUGACCGGGAAAGUUCUACUUAAUGGCAAGAAGAGAAGGCUAGACUAUGGAGUUGUGGCCUAUGUGACACAAGAAAAUGUGCUACUGGGGACCCUUACUGUCCGAGAAACAAUCACCUAUUCAGCGCAUCUGAGGCUCCCUACAACGAUGAGCAAGGAGGAGGUGGCAGCUGUGGUGGAAAGUGCUAUUGAGGAGAUGGGUCUGCAAGAAUGCGCGGACCGGGCAAUUGGAAAUUGGCACCUGAGAGGGAUCAGUGGUGGAGAGAAGAAAAGGCUCAGCAUUGCACUAGAGAUACUGACACAGCCCCGCCUACUCUUCCUCGACGAGCCCACCAGUGGUCUCGACAGUGCUUCAGCUUUCUUUGUAAUCCAAACAUUGAGGCAGAUGGCCCGCGAUGGCAACAAAACCAUCAUCUCCUCUAUCCACCAGCCUAGCAGCGAAGUCUUUGCACUAUUUGAUGAUCUAUACCUUUUGUCCAGUGGAGAAACAGUUUAUUUUGGAGAUGCCAAGUUGGCCACAAAGUUCUUUGCAGAAGUUGGGUUCCCCUGUCCUAGCAGAAGAAAUCCAUCAGAUCACUUCCUUCGAUGUAUAAACUCUGAUUUUGACCGUGUGAAUGCUACUUUAAAAGGGUCGAUCAAAAUUCAAGCAGAGACACAAUCAUCUUCAGAUCCUCUGUCGAAGUUAGGAACCUCAGAGAUCAAAGCUAUUCUUAUCGAGAAAUAUAAGAGCUCGGAAUUUGCAAUGAUAGCUAGAAAUCGGAUUCAAGAGAUAUCUAAGAUGGAAGGGCUUACCGUGAAGUCAGAUAAAGGAAGCCAAGCUAGUUGGUGGAAGCAGCUCACAACUCUAACGAGGAGAUCUUUUGUGAACAUGAGCAGAGACAUUGGCUACUACUGGCUACGGAUCGUAAUCUACAUAGUGGUAGCCGUGUGUGUGGGAAGCAUCUUCAUGGAUGUAGGGACGAGUUACACGGCAAUAUUUGCCAGAGCCUCUUGUGGGGGCUUUGUCUCGGGCUUCAUGACCUUCAUGUCCAUUGGAGGAUUCCCAUCUUUUAUUGAAGAGAUGAAGGUGUUCAUUCGCGAAAGGCAAAACGGGCAUUAUGGAGUUGCCGUAUACAUACUCUCCAACUUCCUCUCAGCGUUCCCUUUCUUGAUUGCUGUAUCCUUCUCCGCUGGAAGUAUAACCUAUUACAUGGUGAAAUUCCGCAAGGGCUUCUCCCAUUAUAUCUACUUUACCGUAAGUCUUUAUGCCAGCAUUGCAGUGAUAGAGAGCCUCAUGAUGAUUAUUGCGUCACUUGUCCCCAACUAUCUAAUGGGCAUUAUACUUGGAGCAGGUGUCAUGGGAAUUAUGAUGAUGACAGCCGGGUUCUUCCGGUUGCUGCCAGAUCUUCCUAAGCUAUUCUGGCGCUAUCCGGUUUCCGUAAUUAGCUAUGGCUCAUGGGCCCUUCAGGGAAAUUACAAGAAUGACUUGAUUGGGCUGGAGUUUGAUCCUCUGAUACCUGGAAAUCAAAAAUUAAGUGGGGAGUACAUCCUAAAAAAUAUGCUUGGCGUCAGCUUGGAUCACUCAAAGUGGGUGGAUCUGAUAGCCGUAUUUGUCAUACUCGUUUGCUACAGGCUUCUCUUCUUUCUCAUUUUGAAGCUCAAAGAGCAUGCCUCCCCUCUUUUCCGGAUUAUUUAUGCAAGAACAGCCAUGAGACAUCUCUUGAAGAGACCCACCUUCAAGAAGAGGAAGCUGUCAUUCUCAUCACGGCAUCCAAAUCUCCACCCAAUGGCGUUGCAAGAAGGCCUAAGUUCUCCACUUCCAUAAUGCCAAUAAGUGCUAACUUCUAGAAAGCCUAUGAAGUUAUCAUACACAUGGAAAUUAAAAGUAUUAUCUAUUAUAGCAAUACAAGAUGUUUCAAAUUUCAAAGAAAUUGACUUACAUAAUCAUGUUGCAUCUUGUAAAGUAUUUCUGCAAUUUCACAGAAAUAUUAUAGACCAUGUCAAUCCUCAUGCUAGAAUACUGUUGCAGAUUUA